GCUGGAAGAAGAAAUAAAGGAUUUAGAGAAGCAGGAAACUCAGCUGUCCGCACGAGAAGAGCGAGUGCUCCAGAGGCUGAAGUCUGUAGAACGGACGACAGAAGAGAUCAUAAAGGCCGCGAAAGCCGAAGUACGAGAAGAACCAGUGAAGGACAUUUACGCCAACAUCCCGGACUUACCGCCAUCUUAUAAACCGUCAUUCAUCAGAAGAAUGGAGAGCGCCCAGGCUGAGAGCGGGGAGGAGGCAAGGAAAGCGCUAUUUGCCAUGGAAAUCAAGGUUGAGAAAGACAUGAAGACUGGAAAGAACACUGUGAUAUCAUCCAUCCCGGUGCCGUCCAAUGAGAUCACAGACGCAGGAGUGAAGGUCUAUGAUGACGGCAGAAAGUCUGUGUAUGCUGUAAGUUCUGGAGACAAGAUGGCAAAGAACGGGGUAGACAGUCUGGCCCCCAUAGAAGUGGAGGAUCUCCUGAGGAAAGCCACGGAGCAGAGUACACAGUCCCCCACCGCGUAUCAUGAGCCGGUGUUCUCUAAUCCCUUCCACAACGCUGCCACGCACAAAGGCCAAGUGUCCCCCCGGCUAAAUGGCCACAGCUCCCCAAAUAUCAUGAGCCAGCAAAACGGUCAUAAAGUUACAGAAGACGUAACCAAACUCUCUGCUCCAGAAGAUCCAAGACCUGCGCCAAGAGUCAUCCCACAGAACAGGCAAGGAGCUCAACAUGACACAACAUCAGAUGACCUCACCAAAUACCCACUCGCUACUAAUAAUCUCACCAAAUACCCCCUCAAUACAGAUGACAUCACCAAAUACCCCCUCGCUACAGACGACAUCCACUACAACAUUAUUCAUGCUGCGCCCUGUUAUGUAGAAGAGAGUGAGCCGGUCACUAUGAUCUUCAUGGGCUACAAGCACGCGGAUGAGCAUGACCACCGGCUGCUGACCGACUAUGAGGGGCUGAUCCGUGCAGAGCUGGUUGUUAUAGAGGAUGAUGAGGAGCAGAAUAAGGAAGAAAAAGCCUCAAAAGAACUGAUCAUAGCUCCAGAAAUCCAAUCCCUCCACAUGUCUCCUCCAACCAAUCCCAUACAGAGAACCUCAGAACACAAUAUGGCGCUGCACAGUCCCCAGCCAUACAAGAACUCAAUAUCCUUACCAGAACAGGAUGCAACCCUAGGGCCCCAUAACUACCUCCUGGUAUCCAGGCCGAGCCAGGAUGAUGGGACUGAGGACCCUUCCCUAACAGCUUUAAGGAUUAGAAUGGCCAAACUGGGGAAGAAAGUCAUCUAGGAUUGAUGGGGACGGUGAAGAGCUCCAGAAGAUUUGUCUAAUGUAAUAGACAUUUGUAUUGUAGGCGACCAACGCGCCCUCCAGCUGCAAUGCAUUCUGGGACUCCUCCAUAUUCCACAGUAGCUGGGGUGCCACCAGUGCCUGCCUCCUGCCACAUCGCUUUUGUGAUUAAUGCCAUGCAAACCCAUGUCCUCAUGUAGGAACCCGGGCAGAGAUGUCCUAUGGGGCCAGUAAUGUACCUUCGACUUUAUAGUCUUUCUCCUGUAAUUUUGUUGACAUUUGUGGCUCCAGACAAGAUGGGACUCAUCCUCCGAGGAUUUUCAGUCUAAUGACAACACCAUAGAGCCAAGUGAUGCCACCUGCUGGUGGGAAGAGGAGGUUAAUGUCACUGUAUACUGCUGCUUCUAUAAUGUGUAAUAUAAUAAUAAAUAUACUUAUACUGGAUUAACCACUUGUCUUCCAAAA